UAAGUGUAUGUUAAAGUUAUGUUUGGCAGCAUGGCGGGGGGACAGCCUCUGAAGUAAAAAAAAAAAAAAAAAUUGGGGCGGGUAAUGCAAUUUCAUGCAAUGACAUCACUUUUCCUCAACCCAAAACACUGAAGCCGAGGCAGAGAGGAGAGCGCUGCCGCAGGGACAGGACGCUGCAAAAAUGAGCACAAGAUAAGACAGAUUUGAAAGAAAAAACAGUAUAUUUCUGUGUUUUAUUAACCAUGGAGAGGCGGCGUCGUCUUCGGCAGUUUCCAACCAAAUGAGCUCCUUGGUUUUGUUGUUGGGAGACAGAGGUGCCUGACAGGAGACUGACUCCUCUUCAAGGAUCAUAACGAGAGCUGAAACCACAGAUGAGAACAAUGUCUGAUGAGACAGAACAGAGAAUGUGUGACGAAGACUUCGGUUCGGACGAGGAGGGCGAGGAGGGAGACGUGGAGUCUUUCCUGGAGGACAACAGCAGCGAGCUCAUGGACCGACUGAGGGAGCUGGAGGCAGAAAACUCUGCUCUGAUGUUGGCGAAUGAGAGUCAGCGGGAGGCGUACGAGAGAUGUUUGGAUGAGGUGGCCAACCACGUGGUCCAGGCUCUGCUGAAUCAAAAGGAUCUAAGAGAGGAGUGCAUCAAGCUCAAGAUGUUGGUGUUUGACCUGGAGAGACAGAACAGAGCGCUCUGUGAGCUCUUCCAGCAGAAACUGCCCAACCACCCCACCGCUCACUACCAGGUCCAGGCGGGACCCCUCCCAGACUACAAUGCACAGCUGCACAAUGACGCCGCCAAACAGGUGGAGCCUGCACAGACUGAAGCACAAGCCAAGGGAAAUGGCUACCGCACACAACAUGCCUCCCCGGGCCCUCGCGGCCCCGCCGCCUCCAUGGAGGCCCUGUCCCCCUUCUUCAAGAAGAAAGCACACAUCCUGGAGGUCCUUCGCAAGAUGGAGGAGACGGACCCUCUGAAGUUCCACCCGUCCACCACCAGCUUGUCUUUCUGCGACUACAGCCAGGUGCUCAUGUCCACAGAGGCUGUUUUGGCCACAGCGGACCCCCUUCCACUAACGUGCAAAUCCCACCACACACACUGCCACUGCUCCCGCUCCGACACUGACUCACACCAGCAUGUCAACGGCGACGGGGCGGUGAAGUGUGAGGGAGGGAACACCUGCUGUUUACACUGCAAGAGGAGCCCGGACAGUCCUCCAAAGCCAUGCAACCACGUCUGUAGUCCUUCAAAAGCCAACUCCGCCACCCAGAGCCAUGUAGUUCCCACAGCUGCUAUAAGCGAAUGUCACAGUAAGAGCAGGACAGCCGAGUCUGUUCCCCCGUCGAAACAAUGCACCAAGAAUGAAGCCCACCAGCAACCAGCGGGCGCCACUGCCCACCCGUCGCUCACAGACGCAGCCGAGCAGAGCCUGGAGGUGGAGCAAGAGCAGGACGGCUCAGAGAGUUGUCUAAACGCGAGUGCCUCUGAAGAGCUCACUGGUUUCUGUCCCGCCUCCCACCUGCCCGGGUCCGUGAAGGACGGCGUGCAGAUCACCCACUGUGACAUGGAGACGAGUGACGGCGUGCACAAUGGCGUCAGCACAGCGACGUCCAGCGACCAGUUAGCCGUCCCAGAGAAAAAUGGCACAGAUCAGGGUUCUUCAGUGAGAGCCAGUGCCUCCGUCAGCCCCAGCCCCUCCUGCCUCAGCGACGUCAAAACCGCCGCCAUCAACUCGCCGUCCAAACUUCUCAAGUUCCUGAAGAUUCCCUCGAUAGGAGACAAGAAUCAACCUUCAACAUCCGCUGUUCGCCUGAGCCCCCAACUCACCCGCAGCUCCAGGAUCCCCUGUCGCACCAACAACUACGAGGUGUACCACUCACCUGUUCCCACACGCAGAGCCACAACCACAGAGAGGUGCAGACAGCCGCCUCCGCCGCCUUCCAGGUCUGAGUCGUACCCCGCCACACACUCCGCCCCGACCUCCCCGCCUCAGCCUGAAGACGUCUGCUCCCCGCCCGUGAAGGAAAUAAGCUACAGCAGCCUCUCUGCACCUAAAGCCGGCUCAAAGAUGGGCGCCGCCUCCUCCGCAUCCUCCUCCUCGCCCAAAGUUUCUCAGAGGGUCCCUCAUUAUGAAAACGUCUGCGUCAUGUCUUCAAACUCCAGAGAGGAGGAGCCAACCCAGGGCCUCGAGAAAAGAACCACACUUCCAUCCCAAACAAAAGCGAACGGCGGUGAGAGGAAGCUCGUUAAAUCGCUACCAGAAAGUGUCCUCAAUCCAACUCCUCAACGAAAGCAGUCCUCCUCGUCAACGUCAGAAUCCACAUCCGAUGACGAGGAGGACUCAGACAGCCCGGUGUGGGUCAACCAUCACAGCCUGCCCACCGCAUCCGCCCUCAGUAAGGCCUCGCAGGGCCGAGCCAACUACCCGCAAACCAGAGAGAAGCAGGAGGAGAUCACUGCGCAGAGCUCCGAGGUCGCCCAGCCGCCGCCUCCUCCAUCCAGGAGGAGUGACUCCUCUUCCAUCCCCAAGAGGCCUGCAGCUGCGGCAGCGAGACCCCAGGCCGAUUCCAGUCACCACGCCUUCAAAGACAGACUGGCUGCGCUGGGAAAACUGAGGAGCUCUGAGGAUUUACAAGUCGGUCUCCGACCGGCGGACGCUGUGAAUGAGAGCUCCUACGGAGAGGAGAGGAGUAAGACAGCGGAGAGGCCCAUGGAGCUCCACAAAGAGGAGCAGAGACAUUCAAAAUACACAGACUCUUUGGAUGGUAAACCUAAAGUCAGCAGUGUUGGUUUGAAGUAUCCGGGCUCGUCGCAGCUCUAUGAACAGGCUGCGAAAUCUUCCAGUGCACCGGGGGUUAAACAAGAACUUUGUGUGACUAAGACAGAAGGCUCCAAGAGCAAAAUCGGUCUGCCGUCCCCAAACACAGAUGCUCCGCAGGUACUACGCAACAACAUUAAGUGUCCAGCCUCCCUGAAUCUGGCAUAUAACCUAAAACCAGGUCCUCACAGUAGCAACAGCCCCAACAAAAUCCCCCCGAAGUCUCCGUCCAAACCCUGCCAGGGCCCGUCCGUCCACAGAGGGGGGAAGCCCGCAGAGGCCCCACGUUACUCGUCCAAAUCAGAAGAGAGGACCAAGAUCAGCGGGAAAGGGAAAAAGAAUCCGAUGUACGGAGACAGCCUGCCGCCUCCUCCUCCGAGACCUCCAAUGUCCGACGGGGAGAAGCCGAUGCAGCCGGUGCCCAGCCCGCAAUCCGCCAUCGAGCAGAAGGUGAUGAAAGGUAUCGAGGAGAACAUGCUGAAGCUCCAGGAGCAGGACAGAGGAGGUCAGGGUGGUGAGGUGAAGCAGAAAGCCUCCAACGGCAUCGCCAGCUGGUUCGGCCUGAAGAAGAGCAAGCUGCCCGCGCUGAGCCGCAAGGCCGACGCGGCGAAAGCAAAGGACGAGAAGAAGGAGUGGAAGAUCAACAUCCCGUCAGUGGGCAGGGACUCUGUGAAAAUGGCCACCAGGUGUAAAGAAGGAGUGGAGGGUCUGAACAUCUCGACGCUGAUGGAGAAGGCGGAGGGGCUGAGGAGGGCGCUGGAGGAGGAGAGGGCGUACGUGGAGAGGUCGGGCAGGGGUCACUCCUGCGAGGUGGUGAUGGACCAAGCUCAGGGACAGCUGGCGGUCAUGUACAGGGGAGCGCGCUCGGACAACUUCAUGCAGCAGCUGCUCAACAGGGUGGACGGGAAGGACAUGAUCAGCGUGCCGCAGCGCCGGCUCUCGUUUGACUGUAAGACCUCCAAGCCGGUGUUUUGUCAGCAGGGCGACGUCAUCACUCACACCAGCAGUCGCGACGACAUGGAGAAGGGAUCAGACAGAAUCGGCAAGAUCACAUCAGAUGAAAACCUCGCUGAUUCAGUUCACUCCCAACACUUCGCAGGUAAGGAGGCGUCUGCCAGGAAUUCAUCAGAGGAAAGAAAUAUCACACAUUUUUUUAAGGUUUAUGAGCGUUACGACCUCAUGCAAGAUCAAACCAGACGAGUCUGGAAAUAG